AACCCGACAUAACACUACUCCAGCUGGCCUGAUAUCGAAUGUAGUGAGGCAAUUCAUAAUUCAAGACGAACACAAUCGGGUGUUAUGAUUUAAGCACGUAACAGGGGCAGUUCCAAGCUCAAACACCUUUGAUAGCACUACCCAAUAUGGACACUUCCGAAUCAUUCGUCGCGUCACCUACAAGGCUCAGUAUAGCGUGUAUUAUCACCGGAUUAUUUCUUUAUAGUGUUUUCAGACUUGUAUAUCCAAGAUUUCCCUACCCACUUCCUCCCUCUCCUCCAGGAGAGCCAAUCCUCGGGCAUUUCAGGAGACUACCAACGGAAAAUGCUCACCUUAAGCACAUGGAAUAUGCCAAGCAGUAUAACUCGGACAUUGUUUAUUUUAAUGUCUUGGGCAAUCAUAUGGUUGUCCUAAACACCCAAAAGGUUGCGAAUGAGCUUCUUGACAAGCGUGGGGCCAAUUAUCAGGAUAGACCCAGAUUUGUCCUCUUUGAUGUGAUGGGAUGGGGUUUGACAUUAACUUUUCUUCCGUACGGACCGAGGUUUCGGUUGCAUCGAUCGGCUUUGCAGACAGGAUUUACCAAGACGGCGAUUACGAAAUAUCGACCAAUUCAAGAAGACGAGGCGAGACAGGCAGUCUCGAGAAUCCUGAAACGUCCCGAAGCCUGGGAUUUCUCACUACGGCGCUUUGCUUCUUCCAUAGUCCUUCGUAUAGGGUUCGGCGUCACUGUUAGAUCAGAUGAUGACCCCUAUAUCAAAAUUGCCAUAGACGCCAAUAUGGCAACUGGAGGAGGAGGGAAUCCUGGAACGGCCUUGGUCGACUACCUGCCAUCAUUCCGAUACAUCCCACAAAUUCUCAAUUUUUCAAAAAGCUUGCAACACGCGCGGAACUGGGGAUGGGCUAUUAAGAAUCUACACGAUAUCCCCUUCUCAGCUAUCAAGAAGGAGUUCGAUGAAGGAACGGCCAACCCGUCAUUUGCAUAUUCGUUUCUUACUAAAUAUAAAGAAAAUGAAGAAGCAGGUGUUCCCAAUGAGUUUGCACUUCGGGAUAUCCAAGGUGCAUCUGGCGCCGUUUUCAUCGCGGGUUCUAAUACGACAUUCGCUACAACGACCAUUGCUAUUUUGAAUAUGAUGCUGAACCCUGAAGUUUUUCAAAAGGCGAGAGCAGAAAUUGAUAGGGUAGUGGGAACAGAGAGGCUGCCUACGUUUCAAGACAGGCCGAAUUUGCGUUAUAUCGACUACUUGGUUGAGGAGGUCUCACGAUGGAGACCUUUGUCACCCAUUGGGAUACCUCACAAGUCUCUCGAAGACGACGUUUAUAACGGAAUGUUCAUUCCUAAAGGGACUGUAGUUUAUUAUAACACGUUCGCUAUGUCAAGAGAUUUGAAUGUGUACAAGGACCCUGAAAAGUUCAAUCCGGACAGAUACAUUCCGAAAGAAGAAGGUGGGGACGGCGAGCCUCUCCUUGUUGGACCGUUUGGCUUUGGUCGCAGAGUAUGUGUCGGACGCCAUCUUGCACAGGCGUCUGUGUGGAUAAUUAUGGCGACUCUCAUAGCUACGACCGACAUAUCGAAACCCAUUGGACCGGACGGAAAGCCCAUUGAACAAACUAUUCAAUUUAGCACGGGCCUGUCGAGUCAUCCUGGCAAGCUCGAUGUAAUCUUCAAACCUAGAUCUGAGAAGGCUGAGCGACUUCUUGCUGAGGCGGUUAAGGAUGCUCAAUAAAUUGGAGAUGGAUAAAUAAUUUUUAUUAGUAGGUCCUUAAAGUGUGACUCGCCCAUUUACUUCCAA